AAUAAAUAGACCGGGAAAAAAUGUGAUAAAACUCGUCCAACUUAAUAAACCAUGGAAAAAUUCACAUGGGUAUAUUUUGUCGGCGAUCUAUUCCGUUCUGUUCGUUGAGAGUGAUCAAUUUUUCAAAGCCAUUUUUCACACAUUUCCAUUUUCUUACUUGAGAAUGAAAUGUUUGGAUUUGUAUAGAUUUUAAUUUAAAAGAUAAAUAUUUCUCUCACAUAUUUAUUUGUCAGAGUAAUAUUUCGUCGGUGGAUUGCGUAUAGAAUAAUCAUUGUAUUCGACCCGAAAUACUGAGAAAAAUUAUUUUCCCAACGAUUUCUCGAUUGAGUAGGAGAGACUGCAAUUGCAACUGCAAUUAAACCGAUUUCCUCCCGCGGAUAAAGACUUCCGGAAGUGAGUCUGGUCACAACUUCCGGUUCAAUGACAUGUGGAGUCAAAGAUCGAACAUAACCCUCAAUUUAUUCCUGAGGUAAUAGCUGAUGUUUAUGUGGAUUAAAGCAACAUGGGAGAGUCAUUAAUAAACGAACAAAUUGAUGAUUAUGACACCUCAUCGAGUCCGGCAAUUCUAGAUCUUCCUGAUGACUGUUUAAUAAAAAUUUUCUCAUUCCUGGAAAUUGCAGAGAAGUUAAAAGUAGAAGGAGUCUGCAAACGUUGGUAUAGAAUAAGUAAGAGAGGAUGGCCAGAUGUGGAGUCCCUCAGUCUGACAUGUAGAGAUUUCGGUGGAAACAUCAAACAGGCGACAAGAAUUUUACGCAGAUCAGGUCGUCUCCUCAAAUCAUUGAGGAUUGAGGUGAAUUCUCAGAUGUCGAUCUACCAGAAAGUCCUCCAGAAGCACUGCCCUCACAUCAGAAAGAUCGAAUUGAUUUUUAAUUGUUGGGCCUUUCGUUCUGUAUUGAAGACUCACUCUAAGAAUUUGUCUGCAUUAUUUCCAUCGCUCAAGAAGAUAGAUUGGCUUGUGAUGAUGCACGUCAACGAGGAAGUGGGCAACAGGCAGCUCAAGGCACUUCCAGAGAGACUCCAGGGGCUGGAGAUCACUGGGAGUUGGGUUUACGCCAUAAGUUGUCCUUUUUCUGCUAAUAUCGUGAGGUUCCCAAAUCUUCGAGUUCUUUCUCUGAACAAUUUUAUAAUUGAAAAAGAGAGUCUUUCGGGAUUUGAGAAAUUGGAAAAUCUGACAGCCCUAGAUUUAUCCUUCUGCCACGUGCCUGAUGAGAGCAUCAGGAAGAUCCAGUUGUUUUCUAGACUGGAGAAAUUGGAGCUAAAGCGGAAGGCAAUAGAAGGACUGGACCCUUCAUCAAUCCAUGAUGAUCACAUCUGCGAGAUUGUCGAGGGCUGUCCAAAGCUGAGAGACUUGAAACUGGACGGAUUGGAGAGUCUCUCAAAUCUCUCCUUCAGGGCUAUAUCGACCUUGAAACACCUGGAGACUCUUCACAUGGAGAACUUGCCCAGGGUGACCAGCAGGGCCAUCACAAAUCAGCUUCAAGUUCAAAAUCUGAACUGCAGUCACUGCCCUGGGAUCGACAACGAGGGCCUCAAUGUUCUCAUCCAAAAUUCUCAAAAUCUGGUGCACCUCAAGGCCCAGGGGACUGCAGACAUGAGUUCCUUCCUCCAGAGUGCCUCCGAGGCCAUAAAAUUCCGUAACAAGAAUUCACAAUUGACUCUGGACGUUGGGGAUAGCCUAAACUCGUGGCAGAGGCCAGAGAAUUUUUCUCCACUCAUUCUCCUGAUUUAAAACUAAGAGCUAUUAGUAUUUGUGUUAGUAUUAGUAUUAUUUAGAACUCUCGGUUCUAAGAAAUUAAUUCGAAGGUUAUUAAUUUAGUCAAUUUAUGAUUUUAGUUCUGUAAUUGAAGGAAUUCCUUUUCUUCCUUCGGGUGAUUAAUUAAUUAAUUUAUUUCGAUGGAUUUAAUUUACGCUGGCAAUGAUUUGGCUAAUGGAGUCAUUUGCAUUCAGUAUUAAUGAUUCAUAAUUCUUUUCAUUUUUAUAUUCAGUUUCAGAAUUUUUCUAUUUUCAUAAUUAGUUUAGGGUAAGAGGCAGAGGAGAGAAAACUCUAUUCUCCAAUUACAAGUGUAUUUUUAUUCACUCUAAUAAUAAUAGAUACAAAAGUGUUCAAUUUAUUUUGGCACUAGAGGUGCAACUGGGAUUCCCCUCCGACGAAAAAAAUGUACGAUCGUACAAACUAUCGACUAGUUUCUCACGAUAAUAAUUCAUUAUGUGGGUGCACAUACUCCAACUAUUAUGGUAUAAUGAAACGAGUGAAUGCACUCGAAUCAACAAAAAUGUCGUCCUCUAAGAAUUGCAAAAUCCGAAGAUUCAACGAGAAAAAUUUUUUAAUAAAAUGUCAUUCACUUCGAGACAAAA